UUUGAAGGCUCAAAAAGUUUUGUUUCAUAUGUGAAUUUGUUCAUCAUUAUUUACCGCCAAAAUGCUGUCUGUUUUGUUUAGUUCCGACAGUUCCGAACGGCAGACGUGGUCCAUGUGAUAAGGAUUUGACUUGAAGAUUCCAGCAUCUGAAUUGAACAUUCCAGCCUUUAGUUAUUCUAAACAUUCAAUUUUUUAUUUAAUAAUGUAUAUAAUCUCAUCAGAACUUCACUAGGGCAAAUUGAACUUACUUUUCAACUAUUUUUGAAUUUCAGUCUUGUAAACGUAGGUAUGGUGAAGAGCUGAAAUGGCAGAUGAUUUGCAGCUCCUUGCUAAAUUUCUGACAGAAAGUGAUGGAUUUAGUCACUCACUAGACGAAAGCAGCAAAAAAACACCAAAGAAUUCCAAACCAACACCCAAGCAAGAAAAAUCUCUUUCAACCAAAGAAAAAAGUGUAGUGCAUGAAAAUGCUCUAGACUCAUCUGAUGAUGAGUAUGGAGAAAGCAACCGAGUCAUUGUUCAGGAUUUAAAAAAAAAAGUUUCAAAUUCCAAUCCUGUGCGCACCAAGAAUGAUGUCACCAAGUCUUGGAAUCAGAAAGUUAAGGAUAGCUCUGAUACUCCAAAGCCACUCCCUAAAUUUGGAUCUUCUCCUUCCGAUUUAAAUGUCUUUGUUGAUCCUAUUUUCAGAAUGAGGCUUGUGAACCCACUAUUUUCAUCAGCAACAUUAUUAGAGCGGGCCAAAGGUCGUACACCUGUUCCAAUUCAUGAGCUGAAUAGAUAUUUAUUGACAAAAGAUUUUGACAAAGUUGACUGGUUUACUGCUGGAAUAAUAGUUUCAAGAUAUUCAAAAGCUUCCUCAAAGGGAACUUUGUACACCAUUUUGACUUUGAGUGAUUUACACAGUGGUUUGAAGUCAUUCAGUCUAUUUUUAUUUGGCAAAUGCCAUACAGAUCUAUCCAAAAUUGGUAUCGCAACUGCGAUUGGAAUUCUAAAUCCGUCACCCUUGGACAAUCGGAAUAAUAAAGAAGAAGCAGCACUCACUAUCAGAUCUCCAGACCAAGUUAUUGUGUGGGGAACCUCUAAGGAUUAUGGAACUUGUAAGACAGUGAAAAAGGAUGGAGAAGUAUGCGGCGCGUUUGUCAAUGUUAACACUUGCAGAACUUGCAUCUACCAUCUCAAUACAGAAUACAAAAAAUUUUCCCAACGAAUACCAUCCUCGUUUUCUAAAGUGGAAAAACCUUCAAGAAAUGCAAAAAAAGGCAUGUUUUUCAACCAGUCAGUCAGUUUACAGCCAGCAAAGAAAAAUCUGGCGAUGAGAGCGAAGGAUCUUGCCCGGAUCAACAGUUUGACAAAUUCUGACCCCAGUAAACCUCUCUCGUCGGUAGAAAACACCAGUAAGAAGAGAGAUGAAGAACCACAGCCUUCUUUCUUUGAGCAUCGUCUGGCAAAAAUGGCUCAGAACUCUGUGUCAACAAAUAAAGGAGAGCCUCAGACAUUCUCUAGACUAUUCACCAAGAAUAAAAUGCCUGUGUCAUCUCCGUCUGUCUCAAGUAAACCAUCUGUUUCUUCUUCAUUGAAUGGCACCACUAAAGGUUCAAACAAAUCAAAUCAACCUGGAAAAAUCUGUGAUACCAGCUUCGAUAAACCCGUUCCUAAGUUGUCAAAACCAAGCUCCUUAGCAAAUGACUCGAUAGAUCUCGAAAACGUCGUGAAGCCAAGCGCUAGCAAUCAAAAGUCUUUUUCAUAUGAAGAUUUCUUAGCUUUGAAGAAAAGUAAGAACUCAAGACCUGCAGAAGAUGUUUGUGAAACACCACCAACGAAGAAAGUGAAAGUUACCAGCGCAUCAGGAACGAGACCCACCGUAGAGAAGAAGGUAGAUGUAGAGCUGAAUUUCUCAUUUGAUCCUGAGAUUAGUCUUUUGAAUCGACAAACAGAUCCAAAUUCUCUCGCUGCAAAAACUCCGCCUACAACAUCCUCUGGAAUUGCAUCUCAAUUGCUCAGUGCUGUCCAAAAUCGUUUGCCGAAGAAUGCACGGGAGAAAGCCAAAGAGAAAGCUCUGCAGUAUGUCAAAAAACAUGGGCCUCUUCUAAAUGCAGCAAUCACCCCUAAACCUCGGAAGUCCCUGGAGCAAUUUAAAGAAGAGGAAACUAAACCCAAAGUGGAGACAGGUACAAAAUCUGCAGAAUUUGAAAGACUACUCAACAUGAAAUCUAGAAAUUCGAAGCUAGUCGAAGCAGCCGACAGUGCUGCUCAAGAAGAGUAUUUCGACAAACUAGAAAAGAAAGAACAAUUGGAAAACAAAAUGACAACCACAUUCAAAUUGGAGACCAAAGCAUAUGUUUGCUACGACUGCAAAUAUACUUGGUACACUUUGAGUGAACGGUGUUUCAAAGAGAAACACAAAACCAAAUGCAUAACAACAAACAAGAGGUUUUUCAUGUGCGGUAGUUGUAAGCUGAAGAAGACGAUAUUAGACAAAAUCCCGAAUGGUGCCUGUGAACGAUGUGGAGCUUACCAGUGGGAAAGAGCUGCCAUGAUGAGUGAAAGGAAAGUUGAACUUCCAGUACCGAAGCUCAGUAUUCGAGGAGAUGAAGAGGCUCACUAUGGCAACGCUGUGGCAGGAAAUCUCAAUCUACUCGUCCCAGAUGAAGAAAAAUAAUUUUAGCAUAAGAAUUUGUCUACCUCCAUAAUCAUUGUCGGUUAUAUGUAUUAUUGGUGAGUGUCAGACAAAAAUUCUACCCACUAAGAUGGACAUCUGUGAUACCUUCAAAUUGUGAGUAUGACCUGCAAUGAAGUUUACUCGCAACAGUUUGAACUGUCCAAUUUGAGACACAGUGCCCUCAGUUUGACAGAGGGUCUUUUAGCUUUUAACUAGGAAAAUUUUAGUCUUCUACAUUUUUCAAAUUUUCAAUUCUUUUUCAAAAAUAAAAUCAAUUUUUAGAAAAAUUA